CUGGGCUGCCCCAGGGGGUUGGCCGUUGCUGUUGUUGGCUCCUCCCGGUCAGGACUCGGAGCAGCUGGAGCGAAGAAGCCAAGCCGAGGCGAAGCCACAUCGACUGCGUUUUCCGCAGCAAGCAAGAGGGACGGGUCUGCCUUGCGGUGGUUCUUUGUAGCGUUUCUGUGGCAGGUUUUAUAAAAAGAGAAGAUGGGAUCUGGCUGCCUGAAAGUUACAAAGUACUUCCUUUUCCUCUUCAACCUGCUUUUCUUUAUCUUGGGUGCUGUGAUUCUGGGCUUUGGAAUAUGGAUUUUGGUCGACAAAAACAGCUUCAUUUAUGUUUUGCAAACCUCAUCAUCAUCCUUAAAUACUGGGGCAUAUAUUCUCAUUGGAGUUGGGGCCGUCACCAUGUUGAUGGGGUUCCUUGGCUGCAUUGGAGCAGUCAAUGAGAUUCGAUGUCUCUUGGGACUGUACUUCACCUGCCUGUUGCUGAUCCUGAUAGGUCAGAUAGCUGCUGGACUGAUCAUCUAUUUACAACGGAAUGUACUCAAAGCAGAAGUCUCUGGAAUUGUCCAUAAACUCAUCCAGGAUUAUGAUCCUAAUGAUGAACAUAACAGGACCAUCGAAAAUGCAUGGGACUAUGUCCAGUCACAGCUUUCUUGCUGCGGCUGGACUGGGCCAGAAAACUGGACGCAAAACAUCAUCCUCUUGGACAAAAAUCAGACUUCCUAUCCUUGUUCUUGCAAAAAUGGCACGAAAGGCUCUUUGCUUGAGGAAGGCUUCUGCAGUUUGGACAUUGCUUCCAACCCCAAUGCAACAUUUGCUGAUUGGCCAGUUAACAAGCAGGGGUGUAUGGAAGGUGUGGAGGCAUGGGUGCAAGAGAACCUUGGCGUCAUUCUUGGAGUUUGUGCAGGAGUUGCUGUCAUUGAGCUGCUGGGAAUGGUGCUUUCCAUCUGCCUCUGCAAGAAUGUGCACAGUGAAGACUACACCAAAGUGCCCAAAUACUGAGGACUGCUGGCCUCAGGAAUUGCCCUCGAGCAAAUGGACCAUUUCUUUCCUUGUACACAGAUUGUCUUCAUCACUUACCAUUCUUCCUGUGACAUUCAACAUUGCUAUGGAUCUCUAGGCUGCACUGCAGCCAUGAAUUCUUUGAGGGAUCAGGGGCUUGGGCAACCCCCCUCCUGUCUCUUGACUGUUCUUCCAUGAAGCAGGCCACUUAAGUCUUCCUCUACUCGUGUGAUGCCCUGCACCUUUACUGUCAGCACUGUGCUAGACAGUCCUUCAUUUUUAUCUAUGUUUUGACCUAUUGUGAUUAGAAUAGUCCUUCCUGCAGUCAUUGGCUGCCAGUGCUGUAUGUACACAACCCUUGCAUUCUUCAGCUAGGAAGAACCUUCAGGAUCUUGAUGACGGGGUGGCAUACUAGUGGGUCUUUUCAUGGACACACUUGCUAUAGAAAGGCAAUCUUUUCUCUAACUGGUCUGACACACCUGCCUUUUGCUACUUCCUCAGGCCUACUGCAUUUUCUCUAGAAUCUCUUGUUGCACAGAUUGCUAUGUCUUUCCGAGAAUUGCACUUUUCCCUUUUCACUCUGUCUUGGAUGGUGACAGUCACCAGCUCCAGGAUUGGUCCAGUCACAAAUUUAUUAUUUCACUAAAGUCCCCUUCUGGAUAAGGGGGUGGAGCUUGGAAGGAAGGGUCUUGAAUUUCGUCCCUUCUCUAUCGCCUUCUUUCCCUUCCGGAAUCAUGUUUGCUUGGAGGCACUUUAGAGGCUGUGCAUGUCGCACGGAUGAGCCAGCGUGGGCUCAGUGGAAUAUGUUCUUGGGUUGCCAACUUUUCUAGUGCUGAUGAUUAAGAUGAUAUAUAUUUUCCAAUAUGAAUCUUCCGCAGUUCUAUUUUUUUAAUUGCUGUGGUGAUGUAAUUAUUAUCUGGAAUUCAUGGAUUUUCUAACAGUGGGUAGGCUGGGAGAGUGGGUGAAUGACCCACCGCUGUCCUGAUCAUAAGUUGCAUACAUAGCAGGUAGCACGGACAUGGUGCCGUGUGACCUUGGAGUUGCUAAGAUUGCCCUAUGAACCAUGGGUGUGUGUGUGUGUGUGUGUGCAGGAGUUUGCUCCGUGGGCUUCUUAACUGGGGGAAACUUCUACAAUCCAGCAGUCAAACUUGUGAUCCAGUUCUAGGGAUGAGAGCAUGGAGGGCAGUGGAGAUCCUUGAAGGGAAGGUCAGAAGUAUUUGAGAGAAGCUGGUGGUGACCACAAUCUGGCCCGCAGUGUUUCUUUGGCCAUGUGGCACCAUGUUUUGUGGAAGGUGUCCAUUCCAGAGCAACCUGGUAAAGCACUUAAGAAACUGGACAAAGACUCUUCAUGUCCUUCCCUAUGUUGAGUUUUUAGGCUCUCUGCAUACUUGGUUCACAGGGUGUGUCUAUUAUUGCUGAACUGAGGAGGAACACCAAGUACAGCUGAAAAUUCAUCAUCCAAAGAGGAUCUCUAAUACAGAAAGCCUAAUGGGACAUGUAUUUAAAUAAAGGAUGAAAUAAAACAGUGUGGCUCUGAAGGAGAAUUUUAAUGGCUUCAAGUGGCUGGCUUAAAGAUCUUCUUCCAUCCUUGGUAAAACGUAUGGUGUGUAUCUUUUUCUGAAGGGAUAAUUGGUGAUGAUGCACAAAAAUAGGGAGACUAGAUGUCUAUAACUUUGGAGAUCGGGCUAGAUUUCUGUGCGGCGAGAGACAAUGAUGAAUCACCCAAGGAGAAUGUUCUUUCAUCCAUGGUUGUAAUCCUGCUACACUAAGGUUCUGCCUAGCAAUGAGGCUUUUAAAGGGGAAAAGAGCAAACCUGAAUGUUGUAAUUUCUGGUAUGAAUUCUUGUGUAAGUUCCCUUCAGCCUAGUUUUCAAUUUUUUGAAUUUGCUGUAAAGCUCCAUUUUUAUAUUCCCCUCUUGUGCUUCAGCUGAUAAGCCGCUUCCUUGAUAAGCUGUUUGUUCUGUGAUUCUUGUUCUUGUGUUCUGUUUUGGCUCUCUAGAGA